CAUCUUCUCACCCUUCUAUCACCUUCAUGACACUCGCAAACCAAUACCUAGAGUAUCAUUACUUUUGGACCCGGUACAACACAGGGCUCAGCGCACGAGAAUGUCUUGAAACACCGUCUUGGCGGGGCAAGAAUCCUCCCCGUAGACCCCUGUCGGACAGCGUAAAUGUCCGUUUACGAUGGAAAUGUCGCAGAGUCGUUCACCUGGAUAUUGCAGGUGUACGCGGUGUAGGUCACUGCACAGGUUUGCCUGCUCACUUCUUGAGGGCUGAGUAUGCGCAUAUUUCGCAAGCUUUCCUCCGUCAGCCCACUCUUUUAGUCGCUCGUUCUGACCAUUCUGUCUUUCUCGAAUAUACCCUCUCCUAAUCCAAGUACACAGACAGAAACACCUUCAGCAGCAGCAAUCGCUUGACCCAUCGGAACCCCAUCCGCAGUAAUGGCUUCCAUGCACAUCCUGCCCUUCAAUGGUCUCGCCUGCUCCUCCUCUCCCCUCGGCAUAGCCGCAAGCUCCAUCAGCCAACUCGUGCAAUCCGCAACCUCAGAUGCCAUCUCGCAGCUCUGCGACCGUCCCACAGACUCCAUGUACCAAGUCAACCCGGACUCAAUCACCGUCUCCUACGCCAGCGAGCUCGUCGACCUCAUCAUCACCAUGCCCACCAAUGGUGCCGCGCAGGGUUCCGUCACAUGCCAGUCCGCGUUUUCCUCGAUCGCGGCUGAGUGCUUCGGCUGGGAAGAAGUCUGGGGCGGCGAGUUCUACGACGGCGACUUCACGUACUCGAUUUCAAGGGCCGAGUCGGCAGACGCCCUAGUCGAGAGUCUAGAGAACAGCAUCUAUGGCCAGGAGCCGGGGGUGCCCGCAAGUGGGUUCAUCACUGCGACUGCUGAAGCGUCCGGGAUCGUGCCAGGCUUCCCGGUGCCAUCUGGUGUCGCAUCUGGGUACCCUGUGGAUGAGUUCCCCUUCCCUACACCUACGGCUACGGUCAUCGCGUCGGGAUACUACCCAGGCCCCGUGGCAUCUGGCUUUGUGCCACCAUUCCCUUCCGAUGUUGUCACUGCAUCUGCAUUCGUACCGUCGGGCGUGGAGUCGGGCUACGUAGCGACAGCGACUCCGGAAGCUCCUGUUUUCCCUGGAUGGAGCGAGGAUACAUUCGCGAAGGUGCGCAGGGGAAGUGAGCAGCGCGAGAAGGUGGAGGCUGAGACGCGGCCCAAGGCGAGAUGGAUCAUGGGCUGAAUGAGUCGUUAUGAAUGUGGAGUUUGACGGCGUUCUGUUUUCGGUAUGAUGGAUGGUUGGGAUUUUCCGGCGAAAUUGCCGAUCGGGUGCAUGCAGUGUGCAAGCAUACUGUAUGCAUGGGUGUGGCACGGUUCUCGUAUCUUGUUUUUGUAUCCCGCUUAGAUGAGAUAGACUUUU